AGGAGGAGUGUAAGCAGGGAUCUCAGAGAGGAGUCAGACAGAGGAGCACAGGGUUCACAGCAUGGCCUGAACGCUCUGAUCCAACCUGGACUCUUUUACUGGAGCUUUGAGGCGCUGAGGGCUCAGAGGGGACCGCUGCUGAGGCUGGGGCACGCUGCACCAGGCAACUCUACUUUCAUAGCUCUACAGCUCCAGCUGAAGCUUGUGGCUCUGAACCAGAUCUAAUCUCCUAUGAACACAUUUUCCAAACUCUUGAUGAUGAAUCAGGGGCCAUUCCUGUUAAAGACUUGGUCGGUACGGUGGCAGGACAGAGACCGGAGCUUCUACUGAGACAUCUGUUUAGCUCUGGAUGCUCUGCUGGGUGAAGCACUCAGAUCCAGGAGAUGGGAAAACAGGAGGAGAAGCCCAAUACCAAGCGAAGAGUGGCGUCUCUGGCCAGUCUGCUGCCCCCUGUCAAGGUCACGUCGCUGAAGAGGAUCAGCCAGACUCUGCAGCGCUCCAUCAGCUGCCGCCAUGAGGGUCGGGUAGAAAGAGCAGCUCCACCUCCUCGCCCUCCUCCUCCAUGUCAUCCUCCUUCCUUGUCCAUGGUGAAGACGCGCGUUAUUUCAGCGACCAUCUCCAACCCAUCAUCGCGCGUUUCCACAUUAACGGCCGUGGCCUCAAAGCGCCGUGACAGCAAACUGUGGAGUGAGACCUUCGACAUCCGAGCCGGAGCAACUCAGACUCUGAGUCCCAAAGAGAUCAAAAGACAGGAGGCUAUUUUUGAGCUGGCUCAAGGAGAACAAGACCUGGUGGAGGAUCUGAAGUUGGCCAGAAAGGCGUACCGCGACCCAAUGCUGAAGCUCUCCAUCAUGACUGAACAGGAGCUAAACCAGAUCUUUGGCACCCUGGAUUCACUCAUACCUCUGCAUGAAGACCUACUAAGUCGGCUACGAGAUGCCAGAAAACCUGACGGAUCCACGGAGAACGUUGGACCCAUCCUGACCGGCUGGCUGCCGUGUCUCUCCUCCUACACUCCGUACUGCAGUAACCAGGUCCAGGCCAAGGCUCUGCUGGAUCAGAAGAAGCAGGAUCCCAGGGUCCAGGACUUCUUGCAGCGCUGCCUGCAGUCACCUUUCAGCAGGAAGCUGGACCUGUGGAACUUCCUGGACAUCCCUCGCAGCCGGCUGGUCAAAUACCCGCUGCUGCUCAGAGAGAUCCUGAAACACACAGACAACGACCACCCAGACCGGCAGCACCUGGAGGAAGCAAUGCUGAUGGUCCAGACCGUGGUGGCAGAUAUCAACCGGCAGACCGGAGAGUCUGAGUGUCAGUACUACAAGGACUGCCUGCUGUAUUCAGAGGACGGACAGAGGGACGAACUCAUCGAUCGCUCCAAGUGCCUCAGCUGCCAUGGAGAGCUGAAGAACAACAGAGGACUCAAACUCCACGUAUUUCUGUUCCAGGAUAUUUUGGUCAUCACCAGGUCGAUGUCACUGAACAACCAGCCAGUGAGCUACCAGCUCUGCCGCCAACCCAUCCCCAUUCAGCAGCUCGACCUGGAGGACAUAUCGGACGGCGAGAUGAGAGUGGGCGGGUCCAUCAGAGGGGCCUUCAGCAACAAUGAGCGAACCAAAAACUUCUUCCGGGUUUCGUACCGCUCAGGAAGCCAGCUGCAGACGCACUGCUUCCAAGCCAGCGACGCCUUCAACAAGCAGCAGUGGAUCAACUGCAUCCGCCAGGCCAAAGAGGCGGCGGCAGCAGCACCCACAGCAGAGCAGAACCCUCACGGAGGUCAGCGGCUCCAUCCGGAACAAGGACGACUGAUGGAGCUCAGUCAUCACACAGGUCCAAGUCCUGAGAGCGGACAUCCAGAAACCAAAGCCCCAGCAAAGAUGGAGGAGGUUCUGGAGCUGCAACAGGAGGAUGUUUUAAAUGGAGGAGAAGAUCUCGGUCUGUCGAAGGAGACCACGACGAUGAUGGAGGAGCAAGUACCAAGCGAGGGGGGGGAGGUUGAUUCGAGUGAGAGGAAGGGUUUACCAUCAGGAAGGUCAUUAACGGGCGGCGAGACGGAGACAAGGCGGGGACCAGAGUCCCCCGCAGACUGGAAGAUGGAGGAAGAAGCAGAGACUCCUAGCUCAGCUGACAAAGAGGUUCCUGCUUCUGUUUUGGUUCAUCCUGUGAAUCCAGAGCAGGAGGAGUCGAUGAAAGAGGAGGAACACGGAGGAUCUAAGGAGGAGGAAGGGGUGGACACAGGAGGCGGCGAGGAAGCGAGCCACAGAUGCUGACAGAGAAUGAACAGAAUCUGCUGGACUCUGUGAGGACACCACUCAGGCUAUCUGAGGAGUAUUUUUCUAUCAGUAUUUAUGAUUAAUCCUAAACGUAUUUCCACAUUAUGUCCCCUUCUAACCCCCAUCUGUUUCUGUUAAGAUCAACACAUUUACUGAAUAACUGUAAAAGGCUAAAAAUAAAACUCUCCUUGCUCUUAUAUCCACCUCUGAAUGCAGGCUUUGCAGAACCAGCUAUGUAUGGAGCUAAAAAAGGGACAAUAAGCCUUGUAAUGUUUUUACUGAAAAAUUAUUUUGAAACUUACGGAAGCGUAAAUGAGACAGUUUAUCUCAUAUUUACAAGAUAGGAUCUCAUAAUUAUGAGAUAAGCUGUCUGAUUUUCUCAUAAUAAACUCAUGAGAUUUUUGCUCAAAUGGAGCAAAAAAGUUUUAAAACAAAAAAGAAAACUGAAACAAAAACAGAUUUUAAACUGAAAAUAAAUGUUUUUUUAGUUUCAGAUUAUUAUUCUUUUGUCAGUUUCAAACUGCUGCGUGUCUGAGGAGGAGGACAGAUACUUAUUGUUAUACUCACAGCAUUAUAGCAAUAAAUAUUUCAAGGUUGUUGUUUUUUUAUUUCUUUUGGGUCCUAAAUCAGUUUUUUUCACGUUUCAAAAUUUGUUUUCAGUUUUAUUGUUUUAAAUUUUCUUUGUUUCAGAAAUAUUCUUUAGUUUUUUUUCCCAUUCUCUUUCAAAUCUUUUUACAGUUUACAAAUGUUUUUUGUUAAUUUUAAAUUUCACAGCAGUUUCUCCAUUCUGUCAUUCAGAAAAUAAAUGUAACUUUAUUGAAAUUAUUGGAACAAAAUAUUCCUGAAAAGGGUUCAGGUUAGUUGUUUUCACACCUGAUCAGGUUGUGAUACUAUCCUAAGUUAGAGCUGCAUUUAUAUUUAAGCAUUUUUUUAGUCAGAUUACCAUAUUUAAAGAGCAGACAGACUGUUUGGUU